ACGCUCCCACCGACCCAAUCUUCAAUCAGACCAGCCUGCCCCGUCGCCCACGAUGAAAACUACACUUCCCAGAAUGCAGCUCGUUCCCGCUAGAGGGAAGUCUCGCGUGAUGAUGUCUUACAGAUGAAGGAAAUAGCCUAGCGUGGAGUUAAAUUUUUCAUAAUUGAAUCAAAAGUGUCCGGAAAAAUAGAGGAAAGGCUGACUGAGAAAUUGCUAUCAACGGAAGUUUGGACAAAAAGAAAAAACGAUGACCUGUUCUGAAAAGAAAGUAGAGAAAAAUAUCUAUGGAGAUCAUUGUGAUCAACAGCAAAACUAUGUGGAUGGAGAUGGGGAAAAUCUCUGGGACACAUUUGAGCUUCUGGAAAUUGAUGGGGAUGAUGAAAGAUCCAGUGAACAGAUUACAGGAAAUGAGAAUUGGUGUUCGAGGAAUGUUUUAAGGAAACAAAGGCACUGGGAGAAGAUUGUUUCUGCAAAGAAGGACAAAAGAAAAUGCGAGAGAGAACGACGUAAAGCGAAGCAUGCUGAACAAAAAGGCACUGCUCCUCAACUUAGUAAGCGAGAUCUAAAAGCCGUUGCAAAAGAUCGUCUUCUGGCGGCCAAGGCCACAGGGCCUCGGCUGUGUAUUGAUAUGAGCUUGACCAGUCACAUGACUAAGAAGGAAAUAAGCCGGCUUGCUACACAGGUUAGGCGGCUUUAUGGAUCCAACAAGAAAGCUCAGAAGCCUUUUUGGCUCCACCUCACAGGGAUUGUGAAAAACAGCCCCAUUUAUGAAGCAUGUUUGAGGAUGAAUGAUGGAUUUGCCAAUUAUCUUAUGGAUGUUACUGCAGAAAGUUACCUUGACCUAUUCCCUUUGGACAUGAUUAUAUAUCUCACACCAGAUUCUGAUAAUGUACUUGAGGAAGUUGAUCCACAAAAAGUACAUAUCAUGGGAGGGCUGGUGGAUGAAAGCAUUCAAAAGAGACUCACUUUCCAAAUUGCCCAGGAGAGACACCUGCAGACAGCACGACUGCCUAUUCAAGAGUACAUGGUAAAGAAUAUCAAUGCAAAAAAUUAUCACUCAACAACCUUAGCAAUCAACCAAGUGUUUGAUGCCUUAUCAACUUUCUAUGACACCAAGAGUUGGGAAGAGGCUCUUAAAGCUGCAGUUUCUCCUGGAAAAGGAUACAUCUUCCGAGACACCCAGUGACAAAAGGGUUCAGGGUACAAAUAUGAGAAGACAGGGUUUGAUCUGCCUUUGGUGACCUACAUUAGUCUCCUUUACCCAGCUGCAUUCCAGAUAUUUUGGACUACAACAUUCACUAUUUCCAGCUGCAAAUUAUGGGAGUUGGACUCCAGUGCUUCUGGAUACAGACAUACCAGGAGAGUAAAUGCCUUAUUCAAUUGACCUUCACUUCUGCUUAUUGUACUUCUUGGGGAAAAGACUGGAUCUACUCAUUGCUUAUUCUUGGUGAAUCUAUUAGAAGGGUUAAAACACUGUUUGUUUUGCAUUACAAUUAACUGUACUUAUUACUGGUAAGCUCUUUUUUUGUUUAUAAACAGAACAUUUGUG